AUGAAUGCCACUAUCUAUGCUUUACUUUGUCUCGCUGCUGCCGCUGCCAACGUUGCUACCGUUGGCGAAAAAAUGAAAUCCUGCAACGAUUGGUCUGACAUCAUCUGCACCAAAGGCUGCAAGACUUUCGUCACCAUUACCAACUGCACUUUGCCCAGCUACCCUAAAAAGCCAGUGACCACCGAGCUUUGCACCAUCGGAUACGGACGUGAUACGGCCGCUGCCAAAGCCUGCAUCACUGGCCAAGGCUCGUUUUGCUGCACUGGCACUACCACCGGACACGCCACUUGCUCUGGGUGUGUUCCUUACAACAAAGUCAGCUGGGCUAAUUGA